AUGGGGAUGAUCGUCGGCGUCGCCCUGAUCGCGGGCUGGGCGCGCGCCAUGGCUCGCCGCGCCGCCAAACGCAGCAACAAGGCUGCGGAUGUCAAUGCACUAGGAUCUCUCAACCGUGAAGACGUGAAGAAAAUAUGUGGAGAAAAUGUUCCCCAGUGGAUAUCAUUUCCAGAAUAUGAACAGGUCAAAUGGCUCAACAAACAAUUGAGCAAGCUUUGGCCCUUUGUGGAAGAGGCAGCAACCAUGGUCAUUAGGGAUUCUGUCGAACCGAUACUGGAUGAUUAUCGACCUCCAGGGAUAUCCUCACUGAAGUUCAGCAGACUCUCCCUUGGGACUGUUCCACCGAAAAUAGAAGGCAUUCGGAUUCAGAGUUUUAAGAAAGGGCAGAUUACAAUGGACAUGGACUUCCGGUGGGGUGGGGAUCCAAAUAUUAUUCUUGCAGUCGAAACACUUGUUGCUUCGCUUCCCAUUCAGUUUAAGAACCUUCAGGUGUACACCAUCAUCCGUGUUGUCUUCCAAUUGUCGGACGAGAUACCAUGCAUAUCUGCUGUUGUCGUUGCUCUUCUGGCAGAGCCAAAACCGCGAAUUGACUACAUACUGAAAGCCGUGGGAGGAAGCCUGACCGCAAUGCCUGGGCUUUCAGACAUGAUUGACGAUACAGUGGCGUCACUGAUCACUGACAUGCUCCAAUGGCCACACAGAAUCGUUGUUCCACUGGGUGGAGUUGACGUUGACGUCAGCGAUCUGGAGCUGAAGCCGCACGGGAAGCUCACGGUCACUGUGGUCCGCGCAGAAUCCCUCAAGAACAAGGAACUCAUCGGCAAAUCCGACCCCUACGUGGUCUUGUUCAUACGCCCGAUGUUCAAGGAGAAGACCAGCGUCAUUGACGACAACCUCAACCCUCGUUGGAACGAAACGUUCCAUCUGAUCGCGGAAGACAAGGAGACGCAGUCCCUAAUUCUUGAGGUGUUCGAUGAGGACAACAUGAAGCAAGACAAGAGGCUUGGCAUCGCCAAGCUGCCCCUGAGCGACCUGGAGAUGGAGACCGUGCAGGAGGUGAACCUGCAGCUGUUGUCGUCGCUGGACACGACCAAGGUCAAGGACAAGAAGGACAGGGGCAUGCUCAGCAUCAAGGCAGGAUCGUUCAGUCUCGUCCUUUUCGUGUUCAGUUGGCAGCAACAAGUCCCCGGUUGUCUGACGUUCCUUUUGCAAGCUAUAUUGCAGGUGGUGUACCACCAGUUCACCAAUGCAGAGGCGCGCGAGGCCCUGGAGCUGGAGAAGCAGACCGUGGAGGAGCGGCGGAAGGUGAAGAGCGAGACGGGGGCCGCCAGCGGCGCCGCGGACGCGGAAAGCGGCAUGGCGUCCACGGUCACCCACGUGGCCGGCACGGGCGUCGCGGCGGCCGGCACCGUUGCCGGCACGGGCGUCAGCGCGGCCGGCUCCGGCGUUGGGAUGGUUGGCACGGGCAUCGGCGCCGUGGGCUCCGGCAUUGGCGCGUUCGGCAGUGGACUCCAUAAGGCCGGCAAGUUCGUCGGCCGGACUGUCACGGGACCCUUCAGCAGCGCUAGGCGCAGCGCCAGCAGCGUCCCCAACGUCGUUGACGAGUGA